GGAAAGCGCGAGGGCGGGGUGGAGCCGCAAUAAGGCGCUUCUGUCACUCCCCGAGCGGGCUUGCCCCUCCCUGCGGCCAGCUCCGGCGGGACGGGCGCCGGGCGAGGAGGCCAGCAGCGUCCCGCGAGCCGCUUCGCGCACUCCCGGAGCAGGAUGCUGUUCCCAGGCUGGGCUGCACCGAGCGGCUCCGCUCCGCUCUCCUUCGUUCAUCUCGUCUCGUGUCUCCUGGCGGCGUCGGCUGCCGCUGCGGCCGGACCCACAUUUCUGGUGACAGGUCCCCGGAACAUUAGGCCUGGUGCAAAUGUGACAAUUGGGGUAGCUCUGCUGACAGACAGUCCUCCGCAAGUCACAGUGAGAGGUGAAGUGCUCAGAGGGAAUGAUACCGUGCUACAUGGGGAAGUUAUCUUUGAAAAAGGUUCCUUUGGAACUCUUGUUCUUCCAGCACUGCCUUUGAACAGCAGGGCUGGCAGUUAUGAGUUACUGGUGAAAGGCCAUGCCGAGGGCCGGCUGUUAUUCUCUAACAGCACCAGCCUGUUAUUUGAGCACAAGAGUAUCUCUGUCUUCAUCCAGACUGACAAGUCUCUGUAUAAACCAGGCCAAGAAGUGAAGUUUCGGAUUGUCACUGUUGAUCCUGAUCUCAAACCUUUCAAAACUUCUCUAAGCAUAUACAUCCGGGACCCUCGAGGGAAUUUGAUUCAGCAGUGGUUGGCAGAGAAAGGUGAUUUGGGUAUGGUUUCCAGAAGAUUUCAAUUAUCAACAAGCCCUCUACUUGGAGACUGGUCCAUACAAGUACAAGUCAAUGAUCAAACUCAUUAUCAAAGAUUUACUGUGAUGGAAUAUGUGUUACCAAAAUUUGAAGUUUCUCUAACAACAUCAUUAUAUUAUCCUUUGAAAGACAAGGACUUUACUGGUAUUGUCACUGCAAAGUAUACUUAUGGAAAGCCAGUGAGAGGAAGUGUAACAGUCACUUGCAUUCCUAUAUCCUACUGGGGGAGCAAGAGAAAUGUUACUAAAACAUUGGAGAUCAAUGGAUCUGUGAACUUCACUUUUAAUUACUUGGAGUUUGAAAACGUAACUACUGUCCAACAUGCACAGUAUCAGCGUGAUAUAGUUUACAGAGGGCCAACAGAAAUUAUAGCUGUAGUUACAGAAUCACUUACAGGAAUCACUCAGAAUGCAAGCACCACUGUAUUUCCAAAGCAGAAUGACUACAUCAUUGACUUUUAUGACUAUGCUAAAACUCUAAAGCCUUCUCUGAACUUCACAGCUACUCUAAAAGUAACACGUUCUGACAAAAAUCAGCUGACGGCCGAAGAGAGACAAAAUUAUAUCACAGUCACUGCAGAACAGUCAGACACAGUUCCUCACCAUGCUGUGUUCUCUGUAUAUGAAAAUGGAGCUGUGCAGCAGAGAAAUGAGACAGUGCAUAUCCUAAAUUAUACUGUCCCAGAAAAUGGAAUCAUUCACCUUGAGGUCCCGGUUCUGACUAAUACGAUGAGUCUGCUCAUUAAGGCUAGUUUCCUUGAUAGUGAAAGUAACAUAGCAGUUCACGGUGUAUUCAACUCCCCCAGCAUGACUUACCUCCAGAUAAAAAAACCAAGACAAGAUGUAAAGGUUGGGAUUCCUUUUGAGCUGAGUGUUGCAAGCAACAAGAUAAUAAAGGAGAUCAGUUAUUUGGUGGUAGCUAAAGAACAGAUUGUGGCUGUAGGCACAGAGGUUUUGACAACGUUCACUUUAAAACCAGAAAAUUCCUGGGCUCCUGUGGCGUGUAUAAGUAUCUUUUAUAUUGAUGAGAAUGGGGAAGUUGUAAAUGAUGCCCUGACUCUGUCUAUUCAGCCUGUUCUUGAAAACAAGAUCAAAAUAUCUUGGAAUAAAGAUAAAGUCAAUCCAUCUGAGAAAGUCUCCCUUAAAAUCAGUGUAACCGAACCCAGAUCUGUAAUUGGACUUUCAGUUGUUGACAAAAGUACAAAGCUCCUGGGAGAAAGUAGUGACAUUACAGAAGACAGUGUGCUCCAUGAACUACAUUUGUACAACACAGCACAAUAUUUUGACUCAAUUAGAAGUCCUCUCAGUGUCUUUCAGAAGUGCAACCUCUGGGUAUUGACUGAUGCAAACCUUCCAGAAGACAAGAAUGAUGUUCUCUAUGAUGAGAUGAUACCCUACAGUGCGGAUUUCAAUGACUAUCUAGAUUCUGCAGCUGGAUUUCCUGCUUUCAGUAGUCCACAUGUAAGGAAACAUUUCCCGGAGACUUGGCUUUGGAUUGACACUAAUACUAGAUCCAACAGAGACACAACAAUGGAAGUUACUGUACCUGAUACCAUCACUUCUUGGGUAGCCAGUGCUUUUGUAAUAUCUGAAAACCUUGGACUUGGAAUUACAACUGCUCCUGUUGAGUUAGAAGCUUUUCAACCCUUUUUCAUUUCCUUGAACCUUCCUUACUCGGUUACCAGAGGAGAGCAGUUUAUUUUGGAAGUAAACAUCUUCAAUUAUUUGAAAGAAGCAACCAAGGUUAUGGUGACUCUUGACCUCAGUGACACAUUUGAAAUUCUUAUCACAUCCAAUGAAAUAAAUGCUACAGGAAACCAGCAGUCUGUGUUGGUACCAAGUGAAGAUGCAAAGACUGUUAAUUUCCCAAUCAAACCAAAACAACUGGGAGAGAUUUCUAUUAAAGUGACAGCAAUAUCACCCACGGCUUCUGAUGCCAUCCUCCAGAAAGUUUUAGUGAAGGCUGAGGGACUGGAACAGUCUUAUUCACAGACACGUCUUUUAGAUUUGACUGGGAAUAACCCACCAACUGUAUCAGAAACUUUGGAUUUCACCUUCCCUCCUGAUGUAGUAAGUGGCAGUGAAAGAGUACAAGUCACUGUUAUUGGUGAUAUUCUUGGGCCUUCUAUCAAUGGCUUGGAAUCACUGAUUAAGAUGCCUUAUGGCUGUGGUGAACAGAACAUGAUAAAUUUUGCUCCUAAUAUUUAUGUUUUGGAAUACCUGACUAACACAAGGCAAUUGAAGGAAGAUAUUAAACUGAAAGCUACAUCAUUUAUGAGAGAAGGCUACCAAAGAGAGCUUCAGUACCAAAGGGAUGAUGGCUCUUUCAGUGCCUUUGGGAACAGUGACUCCUCUGGGAGCACAUGGUUGUCAGCUUUUGUAUUACGAUGUUUCCUGCAAGCUCGUCCAUUCAUAGAUAUUGAUCCGUACGUACUGAAGAAAACAGCUGAUUGGAUUGUCAAACAUCAGAAACCUAAUGGUGAAUUCUGGGAACCUGGAAGAGUGAUACACAGUGAACUUCAGGGAGGCAGUAGUAGCCCAGUCACUCUCACAGCUUACAUUAUGACAACUCUAUUUGGGUACCAAAAUGAUGAGAAUGCCCUUGCUGUAGCAAAUUCUGUAAACUUCUUGGAAACUAAAUUAGAAGAAGGAAUUUCAGAUAACUAUACACUGACACUUGUGACAUAUGCAUUGUCAUUGGCAAAGAGUAUAAAAGCAAAAGAAGCCCUGGAUGUACUAAACCAGAGAUCAGAGCGGCAAGGAGACAUUCGAUUCUGGACAUCUCCAGCCCCUCAACUGUCUGACUCAUGGCAGCCACGCUCCAUAGACAUUGAACUUGCAGCUUAUGCUCUGCUCUCUCACUUUCAGCAAGAUAGAUUAUCUGAGGGGAUCCCUAUUAUGAAAUGGUUAAGCCAGCAAAGAAACCAUCUUGGAGGUUAUUCAUCGACUCAGGACACCAUCGUGGCCCUGCAAGCCUUGAGUAUAUUUGCAGCUCUCAUUACUUCCCGAAAAACAAAAAUUGAUCUAACAGUGACUGGACCUAGUCUGGAAGCUCCAGUAACGUUUUCAGUUGAUACUCAAAACCGUUUUCUUCUUCAGACCAAAGAGAUUGCACCUAUGCAACCGACGGCUGUUUCAGUUUCAGCAAAGGGUGUCGGGUUUGCCAUCUUUCAGCUCAACAUUAUUUACAAUGUGAAACAUUCAGUCACUGGUAGAAGGCGCAGAUCUAUCCAAAGUCAAGAAGCUUUUGACUUAGAUGUUGUCGUAAAAGAUGACAAAAAUGACAUAAACCAUUUUACCGUAAAUGUAUGUACAAGGUACUUGGGGUCCGGUGCAUCUUCCAAGAGUGGUAUGGCCCUCAUGGAGGUUGACUUACUUAGUGGCUUCUCUGUAUCACCAGGUUUCAUUUCAUUAGAUGAUCCAGUUAAGAAGGUGGAAAAGGCUAAUGGGAAAGUCAACCUAUACUUAGACUCUCUAAAUGAAACACAGGUUUGUGUGGAUAUUCCUGCUGUGAGAGACUUCAAAGUAGCAAAUACUCAAAGCGCCUCCGUGACUAUAGUGGAUUACUAUGAACCCAGGAGAAGAGCAGUGAGAAGCUACAAUUCAGAAGUGAUGCAAGGCUUGACAUGUUGCGUCUUCUGUGAAAAUGACUGCAGUCGUUGCAAAAGAGAUACAGACUCCAGUGAUGGCUCUCCAGGAUUGCACCAACACUUUUCAGCGAUUUCCCUGUUCUGCUUCUUGUUUGUAAUCCAGGCAGGUUUGCUGCAGAGUUUGAUGGUGUAAGAAGACACGUUUAUGUAGCAGUUCUGAGAUUUCCAUAAAUCACCCAAAGAAAGUUUUAUAUUAAUAAGGGCUGAAACAUCACCCGGAGAUAUCUGAGACUAGCGUCCCAUUGUGUUCAGUAGAAGCAGGAUUGGACCUAUAGGCUAACUCACUGGGUCAGAAAAUGUUGUGUGUUUCUACUGGACAAAUUUAACAACUUCUUAAGUGCUUUUUUCAUGCUAUAGUUAUUUACAUUUUCUAAAGAAAUACAGAAUUAGAUUAAGUGAGAGAACAAUUAAGACUAACUUUCUAUUUUCCAAAGGUUCUUUUUCUCCUUUCAGCAUUAUUUUUGUUUUGCUUAUGGUUUAUGGAUGGGUAUUAAAAAUUAAGGAAUAAUGUUAGUUUAUGGAAUUAUUCUGAAAAAUUAUCUACCUUUUGAUUUGACUUUCAGUAAGCAUAACUCUGGGUUUGUAUCAGUACCCUGCUCAGUUCUGCUCUGCAUACCUAAGGCUACUUAACAUUAAUACUGAACUCCAUUGUACAUGUUCAUGAUUGGACAACAGGAAAAGUAAAUGGAGCUAUCUUCAAAGCAGUUAUGGGAGCCAGGAAGUGAUGCAUUCACAAGUGGAUGAUUAAAAAAAAUCAUAUCUUUUUAUCAUUACAAAGAAGUGAGCUUUUGCCAGUUUGUAAGUUACAUAUUUUUUAAAAAUAAGCUGUUCAAAGGUUUCAGAAAUUUUUAAUAUUCUUUACAUUGAAAGAUGGCUUUGAUUCCUACAGUGAAAUUUGGCAAGCAGGGACUCUAUCCCUGGGACUUUAUUUCUGAAUAUCCUAAAAAAAUAAUAAUAAACACAACUUCCCUCCUCAUAGUGAAUCAUCUAGCCACUGAACUCUGGGAAAGCAUUGGCCUGCUAAACCCAGGGUUGU